AUUUUAUGUUAUAAACUAUACAAGAUAGAUUGUACUUUCAAUUUAUAACUAUAGUUAUUGAUUCUUUAAACUGAACCAGAAGACCAUUCUCGGAAAUGUCACUGCAAUGGAAUCAAGUUCAAGAUAUGCCUCCAUAUUACCUGUCAAAAUUAACUUCUACGUAUGCCGAUAUUUUCCCAAUACAAAUUAGGGAUUGUUUUUCCGUAUGGAUAGAAGAAAAACCAUGGAAUCAAAUUGAUGAAAACGUUGAAUGCCACAGGAAUGAUUAUGCCUUACCUCUGCUGAAAGAUCUCCUUCAACUUAUUCAAAAUAAAGCAAAAGUGAUUCCUGAAUUCAAAGAUUACCUAUUUAUUAUACAGAAUAAGUACAUCAACGAACCGCUGCAUUUUGUACGUGAUAUGAAGUUUUGUCUUAAUUAUGAAGAACAGUUGCUGGAAAAAUCCCGAAGUAAUAAAGCAACAACACCAGGCCAUGACGAACUUAUUGAAGGAAGCAUACUACAAAUAUCUGAGGAGUUUCAUAAUUUAAACUCGUGGGAUGCGGGAAUUGCUGGCGGUCUAAAAGAAUUGCAAAAGAAACAAGAAGAAUUUGUGAUAUUAUUCAGGGAACUACCAAUAGUUACCGCGCAUUUUAAAAAGGCCGAACAAGAUAUUAAGGAAAGAGUUAUUGAAGUGGAAAAUCUCAAUUCAGAAAUUUUAAGCCAAAGUGAAACAGACAAAAUUAUUGAACUCCAUCAGGAAGUUGAAAAAACUAAAUCUCGAAAAGAAUACAUAGUUCAACACUUGAGAGUAUGCAUACAACACAUCUGGGAUCUUGUAAAUAGCAUUGUACAGACACUGCAAAUAUCUGUCGAAGAAUUAAUGCAGGUUCAACAAACCUUUCUUGACAUGGAUCUUCCUAAAUGGAAACACAGACAACAGAUUGCAUGUAAUGGACUUCCAUUAGAUUCAUCCAUCUUACAGUCCCUCCAGAAAAAAUGUGAAAUGCUACAGACUUUAAUUGAUAAAAAUCUUCACGUCAUUCAAAAGCUAGAGGAAAUAGUAGAGCUCCUGCCACUAGAAAAACCUGAAAAUGUACCUACUACAACAACUGUGAAGCAACAACUAGCACAAUUAUUGGUCGAUUUGGUUUGCAGAACAUUCAUCGUUGAGCACCAGCCACCACAGGUUUUGAGAAAAGAUACUAAAUUUGAGGCAAGUGUUUCCUUCCUAGCUGGAAAGGCGUUAAAUGUACAGUCUCGGUUGCCAAAAGUGCAUGCCUACAUAUUGACUGAAGCACAAGCCCGGACUGUUCUAGCCAAGAAGUUUGAUAAGUCAACAAUGAAAACCCUUUUGAACAAUGAAUCAACCGUUGAGAUUCUUCCAUCAGGAAGAGUUCAUGCUAAGUUUAAAAACCUGGUUUUGAAGGACUUCAAACGAGAAUCAAGAAAGGGUGGUCAGAGAAUAGCUGAAGAAAAAUAUUGCCUACUCUUUGAUUCAAAAAUAAAAAUAGGAGAAUAUGACUUACAGACACCUCUUCGGGCAUUGUCAGUUCCUGUGAUAAUUACUAGUCAUGUUAAUCAGGAAUGUCAGGCUCUAGCAACAAUUUCAUGGGAUCAUCAAUUCUCUAGUCAGUCAAGACCUUUAUUUGAAGUGCCUUCAUCAGUGCCAUGGCAAGAGUUAGCGAACCUUCUGAAUGCAAAAUUUGAACACGAAGCAGGACGAGGACUAACUGAAGAUCAUCUUAAUUAUUUAGCUUCAAAACUCUUCGAACAAUCAUGUGAUUAUUCAAGUUGCCAUGUGACAUUUGAUAUGUUUUGUAAGGAUAACAUGAGGGAUGAUGAUUUCACUUUCUGGGACCUGUUUUAUAAUGCCAUGCGUCUAACAAAAGAUCAUUUAUAUGUCGCUUGGAAAAAAGGAAACAUUGAUGGUUUUAUCAGUAAAGCCAAGGCAGAGAUGUUUUUGAAUGAUUCUUCUCCUGGAAAUUUCAUCUGCCGUUUUAGUGCCUCACAGUUGGGAGGAGUUUCAAUUUCUGACCGCCGCGGCGAUGGUGUUCAUCACACUUCUCCGUUUACAUGUAAAGAUCUACAGAUUCGUUCUUUAUCGCUUCUCAUCAUGGACACACCAAAAUGGACACAUUUAUUCCCAAAUAAACCGAAGGAACAGGAACACAUUUUUGGGGGAAAUACUGAUGAUUCUCAGAAGACAGACGGAAAGUCCGAGUACGAAAAAUUUAUUUGGACUAUUAAAAUGAGUUCAUCGGAAGAUGAACAAGAAGAUAAAACUGAUCAGGAAUGUGAAGCUGCAUUAAUGGAACUCAUAGCUGACACCGAUUUAGAUAGAUUUAUAUCGGACAAUUAUGAGGAUGAGAUGAUACAUUAGUCUAUAAUUAUUGUUAUAUUAAAACAUACAAUGCUAAUUAAAAGUUUUAAAUUCUU